AUGGCCACAAACAUUACUUUCCACCCAACACCUCUGACUGUGCCCAUUCGAGCCGGUCUCCGCAAGCAGAAUGGCCUGACUAUCUGGCUGACGGGGCUCUCCGCCUCUGGCAAGUCGACGAUCGCUGUCGCCCUCGAGCAGGCCCUUCUUCGCCAUCCUUACAACUUGGCCGCAUACCGUCUCGAUGGUGACAACAUCCGCUUUGGCCUGAACAAGGACCUCGGCUUCAGUCCCAAAGACCGUGAGGAGAACAUUCGUCGCAUCGCAGAGGUCGCCAAGCUCUUCGCCGACUCUUGCACCAUUGCAAUCACCUCCUUCAUCUCGCCCUAUCGUGCCGACAGAGACCAGGCAAGAACCUUGCAUGAGGCUGAGCGUCCCGGUGGCGAGCCCGGUGUGCCUUUUGUCGAGGUCUGGAUCGAUGUGCCGGUUGAGGUUGCCGAGCAGCGCGAUCCGAAGGGCUUAUACAAGAAGGCCAGAGAGGGCAAGAUCCCGGAGUUCACGGGUAUCAGUGCGCCAUAUGAGGAGCCUCUUAAGCCCGAGGUCCAUAUCAAAAGUCACGAGACGUCCGUUGAGGAUGCCGUCAAGAUCAUCGUCAAGUAUCUUGAGGACAAGGGCUACCUGAAGGCUCCUCCCGCGCCCAAGGACGAUUAA